GCUGCUACAAGCCCACAACUCCAGAGUCCUGGCACAGAUCUGGACCUCCCGGUGAGUGACCAUGGCGGAGGCCGCAGGAGCGACUCCUCUCCUCACUGGCCUCCCGGACGAGAUCACCAUCUCGGAGAUCCUCGUCCGCCUGCCCCCCAAACCCCUCCUCCGCUGCCGCGCCGUCAGCCCCGCGUGGCGCCGCGCCACCUCCACCCGCGAUUUCCUCCUGUCCCACCACGCCCGCCAGUCCGCCCUGCCCCUCCUCUACAGCCACAACGACGUCGCCGACGGCGGCCAGUCCCUAGACGUCACGCUCUUCGACCAUCGUGCAGGAGUCGCCGCCGCCGACCAGUUCCAGCGCGUCGCGCGACUGAAGACGGCUCCCUUGGAAGGGGGGAUCGACGGGAGUUUCACUCCCCUCUUCUACCCGGUGGCUUCCUGCGACGGCCUCCUCCUCCUCUCCAUCGACUGUGACCUCUGCAUCUGCAACCCGGCAACUCGACAGUAUGCUCCCCUCGAGCAGCUCGAUGGCUUCAUGACCGUGGGGUUGUACCCUCACCCCCCUACCGGUCAGUACCGACUGUUGCUGUACCAUGAAACAGAUCAACGUGCCAUCUAUGUUUUCUCCAUUGGCUCCAACCAGCCGCCGAGGCGCAUAGGGCGCCCUGAUCCGUUGGCUGACCACGGACUUCUGUUCCGUGGUAGCCUCCAUUGGCACACCGGCAACCGGAUAAUGGUAUUCGACACCACCACUGAGUCGUUCCGGCAGAUCCGUUCCCCGGUUGCCCACGAGGAGGACUAUGGACGACUGUUUGAGAUGGGUGACAUGCUUGGCAUCUUCUUACUUAAUGAUGAAAAGACAACCGUUGAUAUUUGGGUGAUGCAGGACUACCAAGGCGAGGUCUGGGCUUUCAAGUGUCGGGUUGAAUUGCCGGUUGCCGAGAUCAGGGACCAGUCUCAAAAUUCUAGCCAUUAUGAGGAAGUGAUGGUUGUUAAUGGCGACGGCGAGUUGCUCGUGUUGGUCGGUUUUGAGGACUGGCUGUUUCAGGUUGAUAUUGAUGGCAAGUUGAUUGCCAGUUUCCAUGCCAGAGGCCUCCCUUCCUAUAAUAUUGUGCACAAGCAAACUCUUGUUCAACAUACCUUCUUUCCGACACUCGAGGGUUAUGUUAUCAACGAUUCGCCUUUCAUUUGACCAGACCAUUAUGUUGUCAACGCUUAGGGUUAUUGAGUGUUGUGGUGUUUCUUAUUGGCCUAGCUCUCCAUGUCCACAUGACCUGUUGUAUGUACCAACUAGAACCAUUAUAAGGCUUCUUUGUUCUUUGUUGAUGAAUAUAAAAAAGUAUGAUCAAGAAGCUGUGAGUGUGGAUUUUCAUACUUUGUUGAUCAAAAAGUAUGAUAUUGAGUGCCAGAUGUAUUUUCAUUGAAUUCCUUUUGGGUUGAAGUGGCUGACGUGAGUGUGGAUUCUAAAAUUACAAGUCAUUUGGUUCAGCCUCUGAAAUGUUUGCCUAUUGAUCUGCCUCGUGUCUAUGUUUUUUUGGAACUCAAUAAUGGUUCCAUUACAUCUGGUUAGGUAUUGAACCAUACUUUUACUUUUAUAGUCCUGCUUUUGCGUUGCAUCAUUCGGUGUUGUAUCAAUCACUUCACUUUAGCUGCUAACCACUUUAAGGGAUCAAUGCUUCAUCUGGUGUUUGAUCUUAAGAUAAGCUGGAGAAAUGAAACUUGUACUGAUAAGCAGAAGAAAGGCUUUCAUUGUCCGGCUCAGCUCACAGAUUGUGCUCCCCUUUUGAUUCUGUAAGUGCCAGCUGUGCACUUUUUUUUCUUUGACCGGCACAGUGUGUAUGAAUUAGGCCCCCUAUGAGCUGGCUUGUUUGUUUUUUAUGUAGACAAGUUAUGAUCAAGAAGCUCCGGCUGUUUCAUGGCUGGGUGAAAUUCAUACUUACUUUUGGGCAGAAGUGGCUAGCAUGUUGAUGUUAAAAUUAUUUUGUUGUUUUGGUCGGCGUUUGGAAUAGUUGCCUGUCGAUCUGCCUCAUUUCUCUGCUUGUUUUUCUCUGAAAUGAAGAAUUGCCUUGUUUUUUAUUGAGCUUCUUCUUUCUUAAAGAUCAUCCAGUGGUUUGUUUACUGGAACCUACUGUGUUAUAUAAAUUCUCAGUACGAAUUCUGGGAACUCAAAAAUCAAUUCUUGGUGUCAUGACUGACCACCAGGACAUGAUAUAGGAUCCCUACAACUUGUGAAUUUAAGAAGCAUAAAAGGAAACAAUUAAAGAGAACACAAGGAAAAAAUGCUGUGAGUAACGUGCACAAGCCCAGUGAACACAGUCCACCCAAAAAAGAUGAUACUAAUGAUUAUCCAAGGUUACUGGGAAAUCUGCAGAUCCGACCGGCUCAUCUAAUGGCAAGAAGUCCCAGCACACGCUUUACGUUCAACAAUCACUAAGUAUACUUGAGUUUAGUGGACUACCAAUGUUGUUGAACAUGAAAAGGAAGGGAUAAAGGCAAGAUUGUACUUUUCUCAAACAAAGUUACGCUACUCAAGCGUCAAAGUUCUUUCAUGUAUUGCAUCGCUUUGUACUGACAAAAGGCCUUCACACAUAUAUCAAUGGGUAUGGAGUUCUGGAUCUGUUCAGGUAUGUUGAAGUGUCACAAUUAGAGGUGCAAUUCACUAUUUUCAUCUGCACCACUUUUUUCGGUACAAAGAAUACUCUUCUGGCAAUUGCCGCUCGUAAUUUAUGUCCGUAAGUUGGAGCAGAACUAUGGGGAUUUGUUUCUCAACUGUUUGUGUCACAAGGUGUUAUGAUGUACUUCAGCCGUUAGGACUUUCCCAUCAUUAGAAACUUAGUUCAAACGAUUUAUUGGACUUCAGUUAGUUUCUCGUAGAGGGAGAAAUUGAGCUUUCUGCUGAAACAUGAACAAUUAUACUCCCUCCGAUCCAUAUUACUUGUCAAUCAAUAUGGAUCAGAGGGAGUACUGAAUAUUUCUACUGGUGUAUGGUUACUUCUCUGGGAAAAAACAAUGGUCGGGCCAAGUGCAAUCUAAAUUGUUGUACUGAAUUGAGCUACUUUACUGAAGAAACAAUGGUCAUGUUUAUCCACACUUUAUUUAGGCAAGGAAAGUAUAUUCAUAUACAGGGCAAGCACAGUUUCAGUUUUGUGCCAUAAAGAGAGGAGUUCAAGUGUUCUGUUCAGAACAGAGAUGUCCAUGUGUAUAAGGAAUGGCGAGGUAUGGAGAAAAUACACUAUAAUUCUUCCUGGAUUCUAUUUCUUCUACCUGAACCUGAAGGCAUAGUAUGACAGCAUAGUGCGGCUAGCCGGCUACUAUUAACAGAAUUAACCAACAGCAGCUUGCUCUCUGAUUUCAAAUUAGCAUGUUUCAAUUAAUUCAUCUGUAACCUCUGCGCUUUAUUCAUAUGAGCGCACAAACAAGACAAUCAUCAAAACAGUUUUAUGUUCUCAGAAAUCGUGCCUAAGUGCAUUCUUCUCAGUUCAGAGAUAUGCACUAAGGAGGUUGAUCUUAGCACACACUCAAGUAAAAGUAACUCUAGCAGAAGACAGUACAAUGACUCCAAUGCCAUGAGAAACAGAGGCAAAGGGUAACCCCGGUAUUGGUACGUCAAGGAUGAGAUUAACAAGAGUGUAGGAAAGCAGAAAGUGACAUUGCCCGAGGAGGUACAUAGCACCAGGUCCUGUACUAUUAAAUUCCAGCCAAAAACAUACUCGCACAGAAGACCGCCGAGCAAAAGAGUUGAUACCAAAUCAACCAUGUUUGAUUUUAUACUGCUCCAUGCACGAUACAUAUGCCACGAACACAACAUAAUUACCAGUUUCAUCUCUCUCAAGAACAUAGCAAAUGGUGGACAUGUUCAAAGCAUCCGAUGUGUCAUGUUGGCAUUAACUUUUUCUUCAGUGUUAAAAACUUAAAAUUAGUUCCGGGAAUACUUAAAUAUGGAAUAUUAUGUCUUCCUACUG